AUGGACAGAGGGAGAGGCGGGUUGGCCAUUGGAGCAGGUGGAGAGGGCAUGGUGGGGGAGGUUUUAGCUGCAGUGGGGGGAACUGAUGAGGUGACACGGCCAGUUCAGAGGAGGAGGACUGAUGUGCUACCAUCUCUUGCACCGAGGACAGGCAGAGGGAGAGGGGAUACCCCUUCACAGGCUCUGUCGUCUGGCCCCCUGUCAGCCUCGGGCCCUGCGCCAUUGGCUCUUUCUAGCCCCCUGUGCUACGGCCUCCGGCCCCCUUCGCCGGCUCCAGCCCCCGCCGGCCACCGGCUCCCCGGCCCCCACAGCGCCUCCCCUGUCGCCCGCCACAGCACCUCGCCGCCGCCACCAGCUGCCCUAGCGGCCCCCGCUAGUCCAGCCUCCGCCUACAUCUCGGCUCCCCGCGCAGCUCCACCCCACUCGCCGGCCACCGCCUGCAACACCACCCCUAGUCCGGCUCUGUCGUCUGGCCCCCUGUCAGCCUCGGGCCCUGCGCCAUUGGCUCUUUCUAGCCCCCUGUGCUACGGCCUCCGGCCCCCUUCGCCGGCUCCAGCCCCUACCGGCCACCGGCUCCCCGGCCCCCACAGCGCCUCCCCUGUUGCCCGCCACAGCACCUCGCCGCCGCCACCAGCUGCCCUAGCGGCCCCCGCUAGUCCGGCCUCCGCCUACAUCUCGGCUCCCCGCGCAGCUCCACCCCACUCGCCGGCCACCGCCUGCAACACCACCCCGCCCCGCCACGGCCCGCCGCCUCAAUGGCCCUCACCAGGCCCAACCUCCUCUGGUGCCCUGGCUCCGCCACCUAGCCGCCACCAGAGCUCCGCCCGACCGCCACUGAUGCGCCACCCACUGGCCACCGGACCACCAAAGAGCCACCAGACCUCCUUUUUGGCCUUUUUCAAGGGGGGUUUGGUUUUUUGGCUCUAUCUUGGACAUACGGAUUUGUUUUUUUGA